GCAUCGGUAAAUCAGGAGUGUCGAAUUUAAUCCUUUAUCUUUCUAGUUUCUAUUGGGUAAAUGGUCUCGUACUCUCCCGAUUAGGGUUGGCAGGCAGAGAUGAAUCGGUUUCGGAUCCUGCCAUUGCCGACGGUGAAUUUGUGUCGGUUAAGUCUUGAACUUCUCUUCGACGGAGAUAUUGGCUGUGGUUGCGAAAGCUUCCCAAGGGCUUUUUUUUAUGAAGUGGGUCGACUCAAGCCUGGAACUGGAGUAGAAAGCGGAUUCCGCAGGCACCGCUUGAGUGGAUCUCUAGGCUUCACUCAUGCAAGAUCGAAAUCGAUCAUUGGCAACCCCUUCCCAGCUAAAUUUAUGUUAUCAAGCUCAGCCAACCAGUCUGACCUAGCAACAGUAGUUGUCCAUCGCCGGAAAAUUACAACAGGCACUUCAAUCACUGAUGAUUUGACAAAGGCCUUGGAACAUUUCUUUUCAAGUGAGAAACAUGAAGUAUGUUGCGCAAAGGAAAUGUGUAGUUUAUUCAUUCAGAAACUCUCCAAAGUUGGAAAUUUAUCAGAUGCGUCGUCUUUUUUACAGUACCUUCAUGAUCGACAAAUACAUCCUGAUCUGAAUACAUACAACUUGCUUCUAGCUGCGGCAGGAGAAACUGGUAACUUUGAUCUCUUCUGUGAUAUCUUCCAGAAAUUACUACUUUCGAAACUGCCUCCUGAUUUAAUUUCAUAUCUUAACAUUUCAAAGGUUCUUCCAAGUUUGUCUGACUCAAAACUGCUAAAAUUCAUUAGUGAAGUUUCAGAAACAACAGCCCAUAGUGAUCCUACUGUAGUAAACAGGAUUAUCUUUGUCACCGCCAAGUCUGGUCAAAUUGAUAGAAGUUUGAUGAUGUUUGAAGAACUGAAGAAUCAUGAAUGUAAAAUUGACACUGUAACAUUUAAUACAGUCCUGGCUAUAUUAGGUAGAGCUGGUCGAGUUGACAAAAUGCUCUCUGAAUUCUCAUUAAUGAAAGAGCUUGGUUAUUCUCCGGACAUUGUCACUUAUGACACAUUGAUCAAUUGCCUUCGAAGGCUUGGAAGAUUGGACUUGUGUAAAGCUUUUGCAGAAGAAAUGCUUCGUAGAGGAUUUGAGUUGGAUUUGCAAGCUUAUACAGCACUUAUUGAUGGACUUGGAAGGGCAGGUCAUGUUAAUGACGCAGUGAUAUUGUUUGGUGAAAUGAAGAAGUGUCACCGUCCUUCAAUAUAUGUGUAUCGUUCAAUGAUCAGUAAUUUGAAAAAGUUUGGAAAAAUAGAAGAGGCAAUGGAUUUGUUGAAAGAGAUGAAUUCAAGUACUUCAAAGCUUGUUGGCCCUGAAGAUUUUAGAAAGAGAAGGGGCAGGGUACACGAAUGAAGAGGAAUACCCCUGAAAGCUUUUGAUUACUUAGGCUUCAUUUAAGAUGACUUUUUUUACUGUUUUAUAAAACAAUUUUUUAGUCUAAAAAAUUGUUAAAUUAAAAAAUUUUGUACUAAAAAGUUACCUCAGAAAUCAAUAAGAAAGCCGUCCCACACAAAGUCUUAAUGUAGAACUUUUGAUUGUGGCAAUGAUUGUAUCUGAUAUAUUGACCAGACAUUUAUAAAUUUUUUAGUAGGUAUGUAAAUAAAUUUAUAUUGAAGAGUAAGGGAAAUCAUAUAGAUCAAAGCAAUUAUACUUGA